AUGGCAGGCGCUUGGGAGACGCCGAGCGGCUUCAUGGCCAAUCAGGGCAUCUGGCAACCCGAGGAAGGCUUCAGCAUAUUGUGCCUGAGCGUACAAAUCAAGUACAUCACCGGCACACCUUCGUAUCUCGCCGCAAUGUACCAUGAAAUGAUACCGCCUUGCAGAGAGUCGAUAACAGAAUCAGGCCCCAAUGUCCUGGCUCUCGGCACAAUGGUCAAUUGUAUAAGAGCACCGCUGUCCACGCCUCCUCCGCCCAACACUCUUCUCUCCUGGAACGACACAAAUUUCGUCUUCCACCUUCUCCCUCGUGGUCAGUCUACUGCAUACUUUGUCGACACCUGCCCACGCCCGCAGGGUACUGCACCAAUGCACGAACUCAUCUACGACGCCGGCUCAUGUAGUGGAGUAUAUUUCCUGGGAGAUGAAGUCGUCUGCAAAGUCAAAGGGUGGAAAGAAGGAAUGCAAAUGGAAUCAGAAACCAUCGCUUUCGUCCGCGAACACUUCCCCACCAUCCCCGUUCCAGAAAUCUUGUAUACGUGGAUCGACAAGAGCAUCAAUCGCUCCUUUGACAUCAUGAAGAGAGUUCAUGCGAGGACAUUGGAUAAAGCUUGGGCAGAUCUGACUCCUCAACAGCGAUUGAAUAUCGCAGAACAAGUGGCUGGGUAUAUCUCAUUGCUGGCUACCAAGACUGCCAAAAGGUUUGAAACCAUCUCCGGUUGUGGUGUGGGCACACCUGCUCUGAUCGCUGGUUGGCCAUUCGAAAGCCCUAUACACACUUGGUUCAGACGUACCCUGCCCCCUUACUCUGUCGCCGAGUACAGAGACUACGCGAAACGCAUAUCUACAGCACCGCCGCCGGAGUUUGAUGAUGAGUUUGUGUUCUACCAUGACGAUCAAGGACCCACCAACAUCCUCGUCUCCGACGACGGAGACAGCGUUGCUGCAAUCAUCGAUUGGGAGAAUGCGGCCUUUUAUCCUCGCUACUGGAUCGCUACGGUUCAAUUCGCUCAUGCUGCGUUCUUACUAGAGCCUCCAGAAGGUCAGAGGAGGUUCGAGGGUGAUGAUGAGUGGGGGUUGUUACUGGUGGAGGCUCUGAAGCAGUAUGGUUUUGACAACAGCAAGGAAGUCUAUAGGGCGUGGAGUAAAGGUAAAGUCGAGGAUGUCGAUACCGAGAAGGAUUUGGCGGAGUGGCGGAAGAUAUUGGAUGAUGGUUAUCCGUAUGAGGAGACUGGUGUUUGA